CUAUGCUCUUUACGCAUGUCACGUCGGGAUGCAUCCCAAUUGACGCAGUUCUCGGGACAACCUUCCAGGUCUAUUCCAUCAAAUUCACGGAACUAAAAGGGUUCAAGUGGCCGUUGAAGGUGUACGGCGUGGUCACGGCACGAGACGAGGUGGACAUGCAGCGCAACCCUCUCUUCGUUCGUUCGAGGGGUGACUGCCAAAUCAUCACUCGAAAGGAUCCCUUUCUACACUUGACCGGACCAUGCCGUGCGAUCAUGUCCGAGGGGCGCAUUGACAUCGAAAUCCAACUGAGAGUAAAGCGCGGGACAAUGUCUCAAGACAGAGCAUUGAUCAGUCAGGUCUGCACGUUCAACGGUGAUAACGUCCAUGAUUUCCGUUCAUGUCUCAUCGACAACCACUUUUGCACAAUGGAGCUCUCUUAUGAGCAUCUUGAGAAAUCGGUCCAAGCCACAAUCUUUGGGGUGCAAGUUGUCGACCGGGAGGCGCCAUCGCCUUUUGAAUACGGAGUUAGAGUCGUCUGCUCCUCCCUGCCUAACAACGGUCCUCAAGACGACGUCUAUGAGGAAGCUGUGCUUCUUGAUUCAAAACAUGGAACAAAACAUGCGGUUAAACGUGGUUAUCUCAACCUGUCGAGGCAAGUCGUUUCCGUGAAAUUGCGAGGAAGACUAAAAGUUUGCAUACAAGCAUAUACAAGGUCCGGCGAAAUCGGCGUGCAUGGUCAUGUCUUCAUCGUACCUCAAGCAUGCAACACAAGCCAACACAUAUGUGCCGUUGGUGGCUCCGAGGUGGAGGUAACCGUUGCCUGGUCUCUCCUCGUUGAAGAUGAAUAUUUAAUCAAGAUUAAUGGAAGCGUGGACCCUUCCGAAGAUUUGCCACCUCUGCAUCCCACUUUGUUGGAAAAGAUGGGGAUAGCUGAGUGAAUAAGUUUUUGACAAGAUGUCUAUUUACUCCGUGGUUUGGAAGAUAAAAAAGUGUAAACAUGCAUUGCUUAUUGACCACUACUUUAGAUUGAUGGGA